CGGGACUUCCUGUCCUGGUGACGCCUAACCAAGACGGCCACGGUAGAGCCAGCUGCCUUCUAGGCUGACAGAAAUGGGCUCAGAAAUCGAGGAAGAAAUUCCUGUGCAUGAGGAAUUCAUUCUAUGCUGUGGAAUUGAAACCCAGGUUCUAAAAUGUGGGCCCUGGACUGACCUCAUUAACGCCCAAAUUGCCAACAGGCCUAAACUGCUUAUUUUCAUUAUUCCUGGUAACCCAGGUUUUUCUGCCUUUUAUGUGCCAUUUGCAAAGGCUUUGUAUUCUUCAACAAAAAGACGCUUUCCAGUUUGGGUUAUCAGUCAUGCUGGGCAUGCCUUGGCCCCCAAAGAUAAGAAGAUUCUUACAACCUCAGAUGAUCCAAAUGCUCAAGAAAUUAAGGACAUCUAUGGACUCCGUGGUCAAGUAGAACACAAACUAGCUUUCCUGAGAACUCAUGUGCCAAAGGAAAUGAAACUUGUGGUCAUUGGCCAUUCCAUAGGCUGCUAUUUCUCCCUUCAGGUUCUGAAGCAUGCGCCUGAGCUCCCAGUAAUUCGCUCUUUUCUGCUCUUUCCAACAAUUGAGCGAAUGUCUGAGUCACCCAACGGCAAGCUCGCCACUCCACUUUUGUGCUGGUUUCGAUACGCUUUCUAUGUUCCUGGCUACUUACUACUUAAACCGUGGCCUGAGACGAUCAAGUCCUUGGUGAUCAGAAUGCUCCUUCGAAGGAUGAACCUACAGAGUGAAUUUUCGUUUCUGAACCUGUUGGAACCGUUCUGCCUCAUUAAUGCUGCCUACCUUGGGAGCCAAGAAAUGAUGGAGGUGGUGAAGAGAGACAAUGAAACCAUAAAGGAACAUUUAUCUAAGCUUACAUUUUACUAUGGUACUAUAGAUGCUUGGUGUCCAAAAGAGUACUAUGAAGACAUGAAGAAAGAUUUUCCAGAAGGAGAUAUUCGACUCUGUGAGAAAAAAAUACCUCAUGAUUUUAUCCUCUAUUUUUACCAGGAAAUGGCAGACAUGGUAGCUGACUGGCUAAAGGAUGAUCUGUCCAAAAUAUAAAUACUGACACAAGGAGCAAGCGUUGACAGCUAGUACAUAAAGGCAGUAGGUGUACUUAGUAGUAAGUAGUAUACUUAGUGGGUAAAUGUUUAAUUUUAAUGCUGGAUAUUAGAAGAGAAAAAAAGUGAGACCCUCUUGGCUUAAAAACUAUCAGCUCCCAGCUCCCCAUGCUACAGACUGAAAUAAACACAGUUGAUCAAUAUUCCACAGGAUUAACAACACAUUUUCCAAGACUCAGGGAACACAGUGAUCUAAACAAAGUCUCUUAUGUUUGCACAAGAUGCCCAGUGGCACCAUACAGUUUAUUUGGGUAGGCAAGAUCCUUGCAGACAAAAGGAAAUCUAAAUUUAGUUGAUUUUAAUUGAGUUACAAUGUAGAAUAGUCUCCCCUAGAGAAAAUUAUGAAAGACCUGCUAGAAAAUGUAAGAGACCGCUGAAUGUUAAGUAUGUAGUCGGAUAUGUGAAGCAUAUGAGAUCAUGAGAAGGAUACACUCAAGUCCAGUAGCAGGAAGCGAUGAGCAGUGGAUCUUGGCAGUGGACCUGGGUCUCUCUUAAGGACAGAAGCUGAAGAUCAGCCCAGACUAACUUUGCACAGGUCUUGGCUGAGAUCAUCAGAAUCAGACUGGAUAUCAGCACAGCCUGCGCACCCCACCCAUUACUACCUUGCAGCAUGUCUCAAACCUCCAAGUCAGCCUUCUGUCUGGCCGCCAGUGGCACAAGCCCCGGUAGAGCCAAUGGCAGGGGAAGCACUGCUUGUCUCCUUUCCCGAGGAGUGUG